UUUUACCCAAAGACACACACAAGUGUGUGGAAUCCACACACUUGUGUGUGUGUUCGGGUCAUUUUUUGGGUAAAACUUUCGACGUAUAUAGCAAUACUGAGCAAAGAAACAUGUGAAGCAUCACCACGGCCACUACUUCUUUUAGUAUUCCGUGCAACUAAAAAAUGCGCUGAAUACAUAAUUCCUUUUGGCAAAAUUAUUGUAUUGCUAUAUCUGCUUUUAAAAACAGUGUUUGCAAAAGACUUAUUUCGUUUUUAAGUAUUGAUUUCACUGUCCAUUGUUUCUAUAUAACUUAAUUUGUCCCUGUCCGUUCAUCUCGUAGCUGAAGAUAUUAGCAAAUUAAGAAGAAACCCUGCAUUCUUUCUUCCAUGGCUCCGUACGACAUUUUCUUGAGCUUCAGGGGCCCAGACACUCGCACAAAAUUCACCGAUCACCUCUACAAUGCUCUGACGCACAAGGGUUACCGAACGUUCAGAGACAAUGAUGAAAUCGAGAUGGGUGAGCCUAUCAAAUCCGAGUUGCAGAAAGCGAUUGGGAAUUCCAAGAUAUUCGUGGUCAUUUUGUCGAAAAAUUAUGCCAAUUCGACCGCGUGCCUGUUUGAACUCCAGAUGAUACUCGAGCAAUGGAAGAAGUCAGAUCACUUUGUUUUGCCUGUGUUUUAUGAGGUGGAUCCGUUGGAAGUUAAGAAGCAAGCCAAACAUCUGCACUUCAGGGGAAAAAAAGUGACACAUGAGAAAGUGAAGGGAUGGAGUGCGGCGCUUGAAGAGGUCGCUGGUAUGGCUGGGAUGGUUUCGCGAAAUCAAUGCCAUGGGGAAGCCGAGUUCAUUGAAGAAAUUAUUGAUGAACUCAAGAGCCAGCUAGGGUUUUGGGACCACGUAAAAGCUUGUCUAAAAAGAGGCGCCUGCACAAUGACUGGAGGAAAGCACCACCACCACCACCACCACCACCACCACAGCCACCACCACCACAACAGCCACAGCCACAGCCACAGCCACCACCAGUUCUUUUAACAUUUUACUCUUUUGAAGGGUAUUAUGUAUUGUCUACCUAGCUAGCCUGUAAAAUUAAAUAACAGCACUGAUCAGCAACUCCUCUAAAUAAUUAGACUUCUGGGUUUUUUAUGCUUGAUUACUAGCUAGGUCUAUCUAGUUCUAUUUUCUUGUAAUGUUCGUAAAAAAAAUAGUUUGUUUCAUAUGUAAUAUGAGGCUAGAUCCUUGUUUUUGUGCA